GUGGUCAACCAUUACGUGACAUACCAACUAGCGAAUGGUUGUGGUUAGACGAGUGAUUGAUGGCUGAUUGAACCAGUAGCGAGGGAGGAAAGGCGAUGCCGGAAGAAGCCGAGUGUUAGCUGUACUGCCGGAGGGAAGUAGCAGAGAUGACCUCCACACUGACGCAGGGUCUGGAGCGGAUCCCAGACCAGAUGGGAUACCUCGUAAUGAGUGAGGAUGGAGGGGUGCUGGCGAGCGCUGGUGAUCUGGAGAAUGAUGAGCGUCUGGCAGGAGUGAUCAGAGAGAUGGUGGCUGUAGCCUGCACCUUCCGGGACCUGGGGGAGCAGCAGCCAUUCAAGCGCAUGAGUGUUGUAUUCGGGGAGCACACGUUUCUCGUCACUAUCUCUGGACAGAAGAUUUACGUGGUGAAGCGACAGAAUGUUGUGCGGGAGCCAAUCAGUGUGUAGAAGCCUUACCCCCCCCCCAUUUGCUAUUACUGUGCCCAGCAUGAAGUGACUGUAAACUGCUAUUUAAUGACCCCCCCAUUGUUACUCUAGAAACCUUUUCUACAGGAUCCAUUACCCCAGCCUUCUUCUCAUGUGUCUAAUAAUAAAUAUAUAUAUUGUUGGUACUGCA